CCUCAGGUGGGGAGUACAAGCCCCACAUUGGGCAUAGGGCUUACUUAAAGAAAUUAAUAAACUAAAAAAAAUUUUAACAAGUCUGUUAAUUAAAAGAGAGUAAACGAACGAAUCUAUAAAAGAGUUGGAUUAAAUGAUCUCCAAGGUCAUUUCCAGCUCUGACUCACACUCCAGCUCUGGGCCUCAGGGUCCCCAGGUAGAAUAAAAUCAAGAUGAGUUUUGAGUGCCACUCGUGCAGAAACGGCGGGCGACUCUCGAGCCGUCCACGGGUCCAGGACAACACUACACAACCUGCCCUUUGGACCCCGAGCCCUCCGCAACUGGCCCCCAGACCUCGGCCCCCAACUCACCGCGGGAGCUCAUCCCAGCCCAAGCGCUCGCGGAGCAGGCAGACGCCCGGGCCACGCCCCCGCGCGCCAUUGGCUCUCCGAUUGGACGGCUGGGAGGAGGUGUGGCCGGAAGGGGUGAGUCUGAUUGGCGGGGCGGGGCCGACGGUGAGCGGCGAACAUGGCGGAGCGUGUCAAGAAGAGGCCCUGCGGCCCGGGUGAACAUGGCCAAAGGGUCGAAUGGCGAAAAUGGAAGCAACAGAAGAAAGAGGAGAAAAAGAAGUGGAAGGACCUCAAGCUGAUGAAAAAACUGGAGCGGCAGCGGGCCCAGGAAGAACGGGCAAAGCGCCAGCAGGAAGAAGAGGCUGCUGCACAGAGGGAGGACCAGGGUCGGCCUUACACCCUGAGCGUGGCCCUGCCGGGCUCCAUCCUGGACAACGCCCAGUCACCGGAGCUUCGUACCUACCUGGCUGGCCAGAUUGCCAGAGCCUGCACCAUCUUCUGUGUGGAUGAGAUUGUGGUGUUCGAUGAAGAAGGCCAAGAUGCCAAGACUGUGGAGGGUGAAUUCAGGGGCGUUGGCAAGAAGGGGCAGGCGUGCGUGCAGCUGGCCCGGAUCCUGCAGUACCUGGAGUGUCCGCAGUACCUAAGAAAGGCGUUCUUCCCCAAGCACCAGGAUCUCCAGUUUGCAGGGCUUCUGAACCCCUUGGACAGCCCUCACCACAUGCGUCAGGAUGAGGAAUCCGAGUUCAGAGAAGGCAUCGUGGUGGACCGGCCCACCCGGCCAGGCCACGGGUCCUUUGUCAACUGUGGCAUGAAGAAGGAGGUGAAGAUUGACAAGAACUUGGAGCCUGGACUUCGGGUGACCGUGCAGCUGAACCAGAAGCAGCUCCCAGAAAGCAAGACCUACCGGGGCAAAGUCGUGUCUUCGCAGGACCCUCGCACCAAAGCUGGUCUCUACUGGGGCUACACAGUCCGGCUGGCUUCCUGCCUCAGUGCCGUGUUUGCUGAGGCUCCCUUCCAGGACGGGUAUGACCUGACCAUCGGGACAUCAGAGAGAGGCUCAGAUGUGGCGUCUGCCCAGCUUCCCAGCUUCAGGCAUGCUCUCGUGGUGUUCGGGGGCCUCCAGGGGCUGGAAGCUGGAGUGGACGCAGACCCCAACCUGGAGGUGGCUGAACCCAGCGUCCUCUUUGAUCUGUAUGUCAACACGUGCCCCGGCCAGGGCAGCCGCACCAUCCGCACGGAGGAAGCCAUCCUCAUUUCCCUGGCCGCCCUGCAGCCUGGCCUCACCCAGGCGGGAGCCCGUCAGGCCUACGACAGCAAAGCAGCAGCAGGGGAGCCAGAGGUUCCUGGGGUUCCCCCGGGACAGACACAGCCAUGACUCGUCUCCAGAAAUCACCACCUUUAAUGCAGCCCCACCCCCGCAGUCUGGCAGGGCUGUGGCCUUCACUUGCUGCCUGCAGUGACGGCCUUUAGGCUGCCUGCCCGUGCCAGAAUAUUUGGCACGAAGAGCAGCCCCGAAGCCCGCUCAAUGCUCUCGAUGGGCACCAGGAAGCGCUCCAGCGGAACCGCCUCGUCCACAGGAGCGUUGGGCAUCACAUAGGAGCGGAGUUCGAUUUGCCCGCCUGCGGCCUCCAGGAUCAGCACCUUGAAGAAGUGGGUGGGCACCGCCACGUGGUUCUUCCCGAUGACCUGAUACUUCACAUAGGACUUCCCGUCAGCCUCCGUCCUGCGGGCAGAGCCGGGCACACAUGGCUUUUCAGGGCUCCCAGGGCGUCUGGUCGGACCCACGGCUGCUGCCCUGACCUGACUUCCAACUUGUGUCAGCCUGUAGG